AUCCAAGGGAUCUCUUUGCCGCAGUAGCAGCGGGCGCGCGCUAGUGUCGGCAUCGGUGCUGCUCGUCCCUUUCCAUAGACCCAGCACCUUCCACCUCUUCGCAACACGAACCUCUCCGAGGGACAGCCACGAGCAGAGGAGAGGAGAAGAACCGGUUCCUAUCGGCUGGUGGAAAGCGGCACGAGGCACUCCGGAUUUCGUAUCGUCCACCGGAUACCAGAGGCUAUCCGACAUGAGCACGUCGACGAUCGUGGGGAAUUCGGAGGGUCCAGUGACAGGACUCUGUUCCGCGCCACCUCCGCCUCCACCCCCGCCUCCAUCAACUGGCCAGGUGCCGGCCAUGAGGAUCAACACCGUCGAGGCGCCUACGAUAAGGAGGCCGCAGCUGGUUAACGACGGCUACGAGCCGCCGGCGGCGAUUCAGAACGCGAUGCUGACGAAGGACAAGAAGCCUUUCACGUACACGCCGGGCAUGGGCGGCAAGCUGGACCUCUCUCAGAUCCGGAGCCCGAGAAUGGCCCGCAGAGUGGCCAAGAACGCGAACGACGAGGGCAUCGAGGGCCCGCCGAAGUCCGCUCUCGAACAGAAACCGGUGCCAACGACGAACGCUCCUCCGAGCCUGUUCAUCCAACCGCAAGUCGCGAUACCAGUCUUCCCGACCAAUAUUCCAGUGCCACCCCCCGCGAACAGGACCCCACCCACGCCACCUGCGAACAGGACGCCGCCGACACCCUCUGCCAACAGGACACAGACCACACCGACCCUCAACAGGACCCCGUCGAAUGUUCCAGAGAGGCAACCGGAAGUGAUAAAGCCGGUUGCGAAGGUGGAGACGAAAGUGGCGCCGUUGGCGACGACGUCCGUGCAACCAGGUAGCCCCGAGAGCCCGAGCACGCCGACCCAGGUGACCCUGGCGAAAGCGCCGACGCCCUGGAUGCAGAACAAGAACAAGCCGCAGGAGGAAUUGCCAGAGUGGGCGAAACGAUCGAACGCGAACAAGCAGAGUUCAUCGCCGGAUAGCCCAACAUCUCCGCCAGUUUACACUGUCCAGCAAAGUCAGCCGACGCCACCGCCGGCCCAAACGCAAUGGCAGCCGGCCCAGCAGAGGCCCCUGUCUCAGCAGCCUCAGUCUUACCAGAACCAGCAGCCCCAGUCUUUCGCUCAGCAGCAACAGAAACGGCCAUAUUCUAGUCCUCCGGUGUCCCAGCAGGCCAAUUCACAGCCGCAAGAACGCGUGAUACCGAUCCGCAUCGAGGACAGACCGUCAGUGUUCGACGUGAAACGCGAGCCAGGUCACCAUCAGUUCAAGCAGCCGAGUCCUCAUCAUCAGCAGCGAUGGGGUCAGCAGUCGGGCCCGAACCAGAUGCAGAAUCAGGUGCAGAACCAGAUGCAGAAUCAGGUGCAGAAUCAGGUGCAAAAGCAACCGAUGGCAGUUCUUCAGCCCGCUCCAUCGACGGGCGGUGCUUACAUCAUACCCAUCAUGGUCGAAGGCAGCGAGAAGAAGCCUGUUGGAGGACCGGUACCCAAUUCUUCGUUCUCGCAGCCGGCCAUGGUGGUCAGGAACAAUGUACAGGGUGGCGAUAGCCAGACUGUGAAAGUGAUACCGCAACGUGGACCAGUCUCCGUUCAAUCGGACUCGGGGCCGGUUCAGUCCCGAUCGUUCCGCGUGCUCCAGAAGAUCACCGACACAGACUCAACGAACGACGUCGAUCCAGAACAGCUUCGCAAGCUUCAACUGCAAGAGGACGACAGGGUUCUGAUGAACAAAUUCAAGGAACAAGUUGACAACGAAAAUACGCUUCACUACGAAGAGGAUCCGAGAUAUCGCGGCUCGGCCAUCCCCUCUCGAGCCUUCCGCUACUUGCAAACGAUGACUGACGCCGGAGACGUGCCUGUUACGUCCACGCCGCGACAACAGGCCGCCAUCAACAAGAGACAGAACAGGAACUCAAAGUCUUUCGAGGAAUCACAAGCGAACCUGCCGCCGAGCGAGCAACAGGUCCCGGAACCAAAGAAAUACAUGGGCAGCGCGAUUCCCUCGAAGUCCUUCAGGAUACUGCAGGCGAUGACUGCACCGGAGAGCGUCGCCACGCAAGAAAAUCGUCAAGCAGAUUACACCUGCCAAACCGAGAAUAACGUUCCGGGCAAUCAGCAGCCGGUCGUCCUGCCCCCGCUUUGGGUCCCCGAGGGCGGCUGGUGGGGCUACUACCCGCUGCCCUAUCCAAACGACUCCUAUCCCUACCAUCCGGACAACACCGCAUACGUGUACUUCCCGAUCUACAAUCAGAAUUACUCUAGUUACCCCGGGGCCAGCGACGACAAGCCUUACCCUUACCCCCCGUCGUACGUGGUCCCGGUUCCUCCGCAGGCUAGCAAUUGCGAUCACGGCUUCCAGCAAGCCAGCUUCGAGCCGGCGAACGCCGAGCCGGCUUCGAAGACACAGGAGAGCAACGACGUCACGAAGGACACGAACUGGGAGAACAGUGUCUCGAGGACGGCCAGCAGCGACAGCAAGGACAGCGAUUGUACCACCGCGAUGAACAUAACCGACGAGGAAGAGAUCCCGGAGACGAUCCUCGCCGUGGAAGACGACCUGCCGGACCGUUCGCAGGACGAUAAACGCGGCACUGCUAGUUCGAAUGCCAGUUCGAAUCCUAGUUUGAACCCUAGCUUGAACGUGCCCGUGCCUAACUACACCUACAUAGACACCAGCGACUCCAGCGAGUCGACGGAUUCCGAGUCGCCGAUGGACAACGAGUCGGUGAUCGAGUCGUCCAAGAGCAUCAGCGACCGGAACUCCGGCGACACGUCCUCGGAGAGCGAGGACUCCGAUUCCUACUUGGCUUACUCCACCGGAUUGAAUCCUCACGGCAGGGUCGAGAAGGAUCAGAAAGCCGGCGCAGAAAGUGUCACAGAGAAGAGCGUGGAAGACGAAGGAAGAGCCGAGGAAGCAGACGCCACGGUUCCUCAUCAGCUGAGCGUGAUCUACGAGGACGAGCAGACGGACUUCGAAGGUCCUAGGUCGCAGGAAGCGAGGAAGCAGAGGAACCCGAGUGGAACGGCUUUCGAGGCCACGGACGAUCCUCCCGACGAGGUUGACAACACGACGGUCAGCGUGAGCCUGCCGUUGAGGUUCAAGUUCUCCGUGUCGGAGAACAACGAGGACGUGACCACGGUGAUCGUCGGGGACAGCACCAUCAAGAGAGCCUGCGACAAGGACGACGCGAGAGCUUCCAGGCCCCAGGAGCAGAAGACUUCCGUCGAAGUCUCGGCGAACUUCCGAGUGGACAACGACACCUCCGCGGACUUCACCGUCAGGAGAGAGACGUCCGAUGGCAAGCGGAGAGGCCAGCAGGCGCCGAAGAGCGUCACGGUAGACAGGAUCAAAGAGGACUCGUCGGAGGAGCACGAAGACCCGGUGGUCCCCCACGUGAACUUCACGCUGAGGAAGAUCCCGACCAGGCUGGGCCGGAUCAACUGCGAGGAGACCGUCGAGACGGAGUUCACGAUCAAGAGGAGGAGCAGCAGGAAGGAGGAGGACUGUUCGUUGAGCACGAGCACGGUCACGUCGAACGAGGACAGCUCGACGAUCAGCAGGGAGACGGUGAUCGAGGAUCGGUCCGACGUCAGGGACUUCAACAAGAACGUGCAGAAGCCGGAGGUGAUCGUCUCCGAGUGCAACGGGAAGGACUACUCGGAGCAGGAUCGGAUAGAGAGCGGCGUCGAGUCCUCGAGGAAGAUGGAGGAGGAAAGAAAGGAGCCGAAGCACCUGCUGAGCGUGCAGAACUCCCGCGAGGAGACCGACGACGAGGACAGCGGCGUGACCUCGGACAUGAGCCGGAUGAUCUCCGAGGUGGACACCGACUCCGAGUGCACGUCCACGAGGAACAUGAGGAAGUACCAGAGGACGCAGACGCACUCGCGACUCUUCAGGCUGCUGAACGACGACUCGGUGCCCGAGGACUCGUCGGCGAGGAAGCAGCAGCUCAGCCUGCCGCUCAAGAGCAACGGCUUCAGCUACGACGAGAGCUACUGCUCGAACUACUCCAGCGGUCUCACCUCGCCAGAGUACUCGCCCAGCUGCGAGCAGUCCUGGCGGAGGCUGCACGACCUCGAAACCGGCCAGAGGACGGUCGACCAGAACGAGGAGCCGCGCGCAGGAUCUGCGCUAACUCGGCAGGAUCGAGUCGCCGGCAAAGAGGACCCGUACUACCAGGCCUGGAAGACCAGCAAGUCUCCCGUGGCCGGCGACCACGACGUGGUCCCGUCUCUGGCCUUCAAAGUCCUCGAGAGCAGAAGACCACCCUGGGCCUACAAGGUGAACGUGCUCUGUCCCAGGAUCAAGAGCACCAAGAGCGUGCCGCGCGCCCUCCAAACCAGGAAGACCGAGUGUUCGCCGACAAAUCCGGUGUCCUCUAAUCCCAUGUCCUACGUGAACCUCAGAACCGAGCGUUGCUGAUGGCCCGGGGCUGAUUGAGGCCGUGUUUGGCCGCGAGCAACCGGUCCACGGAACGAGCCUCGCGCAACUUUUCUCUAGAUUCGCAACACUGGGCUGACUAUUGCCCGGGGGGGCUACAGGCUACGUGGUUUUUUUUUCUAUCGGUACAUAUCGUUUCCAUA